AUGGAGAACUUAACUGGCGAUAUGGAUAUCAUAUUCUUGGAGGGGUUAAAGAUCAGCCCCGUGUCCUCCACUCCCGCCUUCGUCCUCCUCCUCCUCAUCUACAUCUUCAUCAUGGUGUCCAACAUCGGCCUGGUGGUCCUGAUCUCCAUGGAGAGGAGCCUCCACCAGCCCAUGUACCUGCUCUUCUGCAACAUGAGUAUCAACGAUGCGUUUGGAGCGACGACCAUCAUCCCUCGCUUGCUGAGUAACGUUUUUACUCCGAUCACAGAGCGCUACAUUCACUACAUCGACUGUGUCGUUCAGGCCUUUUGUUCUCACUUUCAUGCGGGCACCUCACACACGGUGCUCAUGAUCAUGGCCUUCGACCGCUACGUGGCCAUUUGCAACCCCCUGCGGUACGCCACCAUCAUGACCAACAGGAUGGUGGUGAAGCUGUCGGUGGGGGCGUGGGUGGCGGCUUUCAUCUCUGUCGCGAUCCUCCUGGGUCUCACCAUCCGCCUGACGCGCUGCAGGCGGGUCAUCAUCAACCCGUUCUGCGACAAUGCCUCCUUGUUCAAGCUGUCCUGCCAAAAUCUUCUCAUCAACCACAUCUACGGGCUCGGCAGCGCCGUGGUCAUCCUGGGCUCCUCCCUCGGCAGCGUGGCGCUCACCUACCUGAGGAUCGCCAUGGUUUGUCUGAGCAGCAAGAACAAGGUGCUGAACAGCCGAGCGGUGCAGACCUGCGCCACCCACCUGGCCGUGUACAUCAUCAUGAUGGUUGCGUCCUUCACGCCCAUGAUCAUUCACCGUCGGCCUAAGUGGGCGGACAGUGGGAAAGUGGCGUCCAUCAUGUUCCACGUCGUCCCCCCGGUCCUGAACCCCAUCAUCUACGGGCUGCAGUGUAAAGAGCUCAGGCAGAAGAUUGGCAGGGUGUUUCACAAGAACAAAGUCACGGGAGAGAAAAGUUUCCAUAAAUAA